GAGCAUUAAGCGCAUAAUUCGUGUUAAGAAAUUUAAGAUAAAAUGGACCAACAUAUGGAUAUACCACCCACACGAUUCGUAAUAAUAGUACGAUAUGUUGUUUGGAAUUUGGAAUGUCUGUACUCUGUCAGAGGCUCUUAAACUCGAAGAAAUAUGUAGUGAAAUGGAUACAUAUAAUUUGGAUAUAAUCGGCUUGUCAGAGACGCGUUGGAUUGGUGUGGGUAAUAUUGAAACAAGCCGAGGUUACCAUUUUUUAUACAGUGGCAACUCUGAAAGUAAGCAGUAUGGCGUUGGCAUACUCGUUAAGCCAGCAGCUUAUAGGAGCUUUCUGGGCCACUGCCCAAUUUCGGAGCGCAUACUAACUGCGCGGUUUAAAACUGACACAGGCAAUCUUACCAUAAUUCAAUGCUAUGCGCCAACUGAGGUCAAAGAGUACCGGGAAAAGGACAAAUUCUACCAAUCGUUGGAGGAGACACUGGACGAUGUGCCAGAGGGUGACACAAUUAUAGUCGCUGGUGAUUUUAAUGCGAGAGUCGGAACAGACAAUACGCGCUUCGAACUGGUAAUGGGCAAACAUGGAAUGGGCGAAAAGUGCAAUGAUAAUGGCAAUCGACUGAAAAAUCUUGCCGAAAAUCGUAAGUUAUUCAUUGGUGGUACAGGAUUUGAGCAUGCGGCAGCCGAGAAGUAUACAUAUGUACAGAAAAGAGGGGGUCGGCAACAGAUCGAUCACAUACUAAUCAACCAGUCCCAAAAAGAACGACUCGUUGACGUACGCAAUGAGCGACAAGCGGAUAUUUACACAGAUCACUUGUUGGUGGUGGCCAAAUUAGAUUUGCAACUAUGCUUGGUGAAUAAGUUUGAAUUGAAGGCGCUUAAAGAUGUACAAAUACCCGCAAACUAUCGUUGCAAAUUAAGCGAAGCUAUCGCCUCACUAGCGACAACACCCACUUGGGCAAACAUCGAUGAGCUACUAAAGCAAGUAGCGUGUGAAACUUUGGGACAGCUUUACAAUCGCGAACAGUCAUGGUUGAGCAAAACGACCUGGGAGCGAAUUGAGAGUAGGAAAAAAUUGAUAUGUAGCCUUGAAAAAUCCGAAAAUGAAGAAGAGCGAAAGCAGAAGAGGAAGGAAUACAAAGCAAUACAGCAGGAAAUCAUGGAGCUAGCAAAAGAAGAUGAAGCACAGUAUAAUGCGACUGCAGCAAUGAGGAUCACUGAGGAGGAAAUAGCUGUGCAACUGAGAGAUUUCAGAGCGCAACAUUGUGAGUACAAGCAACUCACUGUUGCACAACCACAACUAACGCCGCUGAAGGAGCGUAAAAGUAGCGGACCCAGAAGAAGUAGUCGACAAGCAGCGCGUCGCGAAGCGCGCAUACAGAGUGAAGCAAAUAAUUGCCCGCCUACGAACGAGCUAAAGUCGAGUAUAGAAGCAGGAGCAGCAGCAACAGGUACUCGUACAACUGCUAUGCGAUCUUGUAUGGAACAGUUGAAAGAAGGGUGCACUUCAAUAGAUCAUAAAGCCCACGCUGCUCCUAUGAUCAAGCAAGAGAACGAACUAAUAAAUUUGGCGCCACCAACAGCGAAAGAAAUCGCAACUGCUGUAAAGCAAAUCAAAAUUAAAGAACCGUCUAACCCCAAAGACAUACCCAUCCAGCUGUUGCAGCACGGGCUAGACGAGUUGCUACCCAUAAUGCAGCGAAUUUUUGAAACGAUUUGGAGGCGAAAACUCACCAGCAAAUGCAAGCCGAAGGUUUUGAAGCUAAAUGCAGCGCCGGCGGUAUUACAACGCAUUUUAGUCGCCAUUAUACACCAGCGUAUGGCGCCGAUGCUCCAGAGUGCGCUACGCGUCGAGCAACGCGGCUACGGACGUCGUGCCUCCUGCAUAGACCUCGUAGUUGCUGUGCGCAGUAUUAUCAAGAAAUUGAAUGGAAAACCGCUCGUUCUGCUUUUCCUGCAUUUCGUAGCGCCAUAUGAGACUAUGCGACGCACCGCUAUUUGGAAGAGGUUACGCUUUUUGGGUAUUCCAGAAGAGCUGGUAUUACUCAUCGAAGCACUUUAUUUAACUUUUGAUGCACGCCCAGUUGGCGUGCCCGAGGACUGCGAACUGUCGCGUUUACUGUGCGCUUUAGUGUUGGAUGGUGUGCUCGCUGAAACCAACCGCAUUGUAGGCAAAGGCAUUGAAUUGACAGCAAGUCGUGUUUUGUGCGAUCUGGCAUAUGGCGAUGAUAUCUGUUUUCUUACAGAUAACCUGGAGAGUAUGCAGCGUAAAAUGGAAGUGCUUAUAAAGCAGGCUGAAAAUGUGGGGCUGCGGGUGGACUUUGACAAAACUAAAGUUAUGAGCUGGAAUGUGGAAAAUGUGGAAAAAUUAAGGGUUACAGUGGGCGAAAAAGUUUUUAGUAUAGAAAAUGUGAAGGAGCACAAUUAUUUGGGUUGUUUACUCACGAAGCAUACUAAUACAGAUGCAGCGGCAGCAGAACGCAUCGAUUUGGCACGGUGUAAAUUUAAAGAAUGGCAGACGGUUUGGGAAUCCAGAAAAUUAGUAGAGAGCGAAAAAUUAGAUAUAUUCCGAAAAAUUAUAAUGCCGGUACUUUUGUAUGGUUCGGAGGUAUGGACAUUGUCAAAACAAGCACGCACUCGAUUAGAUUAUUUUGUGGCGACAAGUCUAUUCACAAUUUGUCAACUACGUACAGAAGUGGACCAACAACAACAGCAAUGGAAGCUAGAAAUAAGUGGACGAGCGGAAAAUGAUUUAAUAAAAAUGGCGUACGAGUGGAAGCCGAAAAAAACUAAAUAAAUUGUAGGUACUUAAUAAAUCAUAAAAAAUUGGCUUCUGUACUCAAUAGAGUAUCGCAUCCAAGCGGUUCCAACGAUUCCAUUUUGUUAACAUAUAAGUUAAGCAGAAAAAUUUGCUGGCCACCUACAUAAACGAACAUGCAGAGAGCUGUCAAAUGAAAGUGUCAGUGAGCUGCUGUAAAAGCCAGUACAGUUAACAGCGAACAUCAUACACAUCGCUCGCAGUUGCUAUGCAAGUGUGAGUCGGCUGCUGUGAGAGCGACUAGAGCAGUUAACAGCAAAAAGGAAUUAAAUGUGAAAUUCACCUCCACCCAAUUAGAGGCUAAUGGGAGAUCUGUUGCAAAUGGACCACUUUGGAGAUCACUAUAGCUUUACUAUAUAAUAUUUUUGUAAAUUCUUAAUGUUAAUAAAUAAAUAUUUCAUAAUUUGUAUAUGUAUAUCCAAGGUAAGAUAUGCCCUGCUAGGGCAAUCGUCGAAAAUGUCGAUAAAAUCAGCAAAAUCGUCCUGAUAAUGCUCAGGAACUGAGGAAUAAUCAAAAAUUUUGUUUUUGUCUGGGAACGGAUUAUCCUGAAUAUAAUCUUGGAAAUUAAUAAAAAAAACCAACGCUUCGAACUUUCUACUACACCCAAUAUUUUUAAUCUAAACAAAA